AUGUUUAUUGGAUGCAUAUCCCGAUCGUUAUCCAGGCCUUUCAUAGGACAUUUUUGCCUACAAAGCAAAGGCAGUGGUGUGUUGGUCGCGAAAUUACAAGCAAAAUCUGGUAAUGCGCAGUUGUCGGCAUUGUUAUUGUUUCGAAAUUAUCAGCCUAACGGAGUUAUUCAAGGUCACAGAUUCUGUUCUCAGAGCCACCGUUUUCAGUUUCAGCUUCAGCAAUUACAUCAGAAUUUACAGUUAUCUAGGAACAUUCACAAGCAGUUUAACAGUAGUCACACAAAAUACCAGCUACCUAAAUUGAAAUUGUCAAGGGAGCGAUUGAAGCUGAGGAUAGGAGCAUCAACAGCGAUUGUUUCAAUAAUAACGUAUGGAGCCUACUAUUUUUAUAACUCCUUUCAGCUUGCAUGGUUGCUGGGUGCAUCUGUUUAUGCUGAUAGUCGGAAUAAAAAUAAUUUCAUAGCAGAUGUCGUUGAAAAGGCAGGCCCUGCAGUUGUGUUCUUGGAAAUCAAAGGAAGACACCCCCUUACUGGUCGACCUGUGACAUUGUCAAACGGAUCUGGCUUUAUAGUGAGGAGUUAUGGGAUAAUCUUAACAAAUGCUCACGUCGUUGCAAACAAGUCAACAGUGAGUGUGAAACUCCAAGAUGGCCGUGUUAUGGAAGGGCAGGUGACAGCAGUGGAUCCAAUUUCAGACCUGGCAGCUGUAAAGAUUGCAGCUAAAGAUCUACCAGUUAUUCCUUUGGGUGAGUCAUCGGAUAUUCGACCUGGGGAGUGGGUGAUUGCCAUGGGAAGUCCUCUCUCUUUGAGCAACACUGUGACUUGUGGGAUUGUCAGCAGCGUCCAGCGAGCAAGUAGGGAGCUGGGCCUUCGAAACAAAGAUAUGGACUACAUCCAGACUGAUGCUGUCAUUAAUUUCGGGAAUUCGGGUGGACCCCUAGUCAACAUGGAUGGGAAAGCCAUUGGCAUUAACACAAUGAAAGUAACUACGGGAAUCUCCUUUGCAAUCCCAGCAGAUUACGCUAUCAAGUUUCUAAACAAGGCGGAGGCUUUAAUGAAAACUGGUCAGACAGAAAAUGGUUUUCUCAAGCGGAGGUAUAUGGGUAUCACUAUGCUAACCUUGACAGAAAAUGUGAUGCGUGACCUGAAGAAUAACAUAAAAAUGCCUAACUUCCCUGACAUUGAUGGAGGUGUUUUUGUUUACAAAGUCAUUCCUGGAUCUCCUGCAUUCAUCGGCGGAGUUCAGGCUGGAGAUAUAAUCGUCAGCAUCGGUAGUACGGCAGUCAAGUCAGCUGCUGAUGUGUACGAUGCUGUAGAAAAAGCUGACAACCUGGAGGUUACAGUUAUACGGGGCAGCAAGAAGGAGGUCAUUAAGGUCAACACUCAAGAAACAAUUUAG